CCAUCUAGCAGAACCGUGUGCACCGGGUCACAAAGCUCAACAGCGGGCACUGAGUCAUCUGGCUGGACAGCGGGCACAAGUCAUCUGGUAGGACAGCGGGCACCGAGUCAUUUGGCAGGACAGCGGGCACCAAGGCAUCUGGUAGAACAGCGGGCACCGAGUCAUCUGGCACGACAGCGGGCACCGGGUCACCAAGCUCGACAGCGGGCACCGAGUCACCAGGACGGACCAUGGGCACUGAGGCACCAGGCCGGACCACGGGCACGAGGCACCAGGCCGGACCACGGGCACCUAGGCACCAGGCCGGAUUACGGGCUCCGGGGCACCAGGCCGGACCAGGCUGGAUCGGGCCAUCAAGCUGGGUAGCGGGCACCAGGUCAUCAAGCUGGAUAG